AUGGCGGUCGUGUCGGACGACCAUGCGCAUGAACGCUUCUGCGCAGAAGGCCUCUCCCUGCCGGCUUCUGCCUCGCCGCGGGUGAUCACGCACGACGAGGUCAGGCAGCACAACGGUCGAGGCGGAGAGAACUUCUGGGCAGUCGUUGAUGGAUAUGUUGUGGACGCUACCGACAUGGUCAACUCUCACCCGGGAGGCCUGAAAAAGCUCUUGACGACCGACGCGGCGGGUGUAGGGGCGUCGGGCAAAGCCUUCGGCUUCAGCUUUACGCGCGGCAGGAACGCGCACUUCCCCCAGACCGGCAAGAGCUUUCACGAGGGCGUGCAGGCCUUUCUGAACGGCAGAGGCGAGCCAUUUUUGCCUCCCGUCGAGGUGACCUUCUCUUCGCACGGCAAGGUCGUCAUACUGGGCCGAUUGCAGUCAUGA